UCUGCUCUCUGCUUGAGUAAAGUCAGGGCUGAAUCACAAUCAGCUCAGUUGCGCUUGGAGAAUGAACACCGGGUGAUGCUUGAGAUUUUUCUUCUUCUUCCUCUCUUUUUUAAAUACAACACAUUUUGGCAGGCAGACUUUUGUCAAGGUUACAGAGCAAAUAUUAACUCCAACGCAAGUCUGUGUCUUCUUUUUCUGAAUCAAGUGACUCUUAAAUGGAAGGGGAAGAUAUGGAGUGAAAAAAUGAUUGAACCUCACUACGGGGACGAAUAGUGCUGGUAAACAGAGGUGAAAACGAACUGAAGGAACCUGCGAGUACAGUGGAUUGUUUCCCUUGAGGUAUUCCAUGACCAAGCUCAUAGAAGACAUCCGUCUGCCUCUCAGCAUACGCUCUGCUCCUUAUGAACUAAUCCCCAGGGCUCUCUGGCGGCUUCCAUAUCUCGCAAGUGAGCAGCACAGCAUGCUUUCAAGCUCUGAGGGGUGAUGUGGCAGCAGCAGGGGGGCAGAUUUAUUCAGCCGCAAUUGAAGAAAAAAAGCACUUCCAUCAUCUCUCAUUCACUUCCUAUUCUUUUGUGUCCUCCCUGAUUAUGUUCCUGCUUUGGGCUGCGACGAAAUGAACCUCUCUCCACAACUUGACGGGUCUUUUUCCGAACUUGUCUUCCAGAUAUUUCAUUCUGUCUCCUCCAUACCAUGACUUUUUCAUUCAUGAUGCCAAACUUUUCCUUUUGAUGCCUCGCUGCUUUCUUUUUCAUUGGAUACACUCACCUCAUAGUCUAGUCUCCAUUGUCAGCUUUUUGCACCUUGCGCUUUCGUCUACUUUUCUCCUGUGCAUCUCCCUUACCUGAUUUAUUCCCCCCCCCCCCCCCCCCCCUUAUUUUCCUCUCCUCUUUCUCCAUCUCUGACUAUCCAUUUUUCACUCCUUUCUUGAGCCUGAGGGCACCCAGGACUCAGCAGCUGACACAUACUGCUCACCGUCUCUCCUAAUUGCCAUCUCUUCUCGACUUCACUUUUUUUCCCCCAUCUCCCUCACGCUCAAACCGCCCGUCUUGUCACGAUGUACUCCUCCGAGGAACUCUGGAACUCCACCGAGCAGGUGUGGAUCAACGGCUCCAGGGCAAACUUCUCUCUAGGAAGACAAGGGGAUGACGAUGAUGAAGAGGAAGGGGAUCAGCACCCUUUCCUCACAGAUGCCUGGCUGGUCCCUCUCUUCUUUUCCCUUAUCAUGUUAGUCGGACUGGUGGGCAACUCUCUGGUUAUUUAUGUGAUUUCCAAGCACAGGCAGAUGAGGACAGCAACCAACUUUUACAUAGCAAACCUGGCAGCCACUGACAUCAUCUUCUUGGUGUGCUGCGUCCCCUUCACUGCCACCCUCUAUCCUCUCCCUGGAUGGAUCUUUGGCAACUUCAUGUGCAAAUUUGUUGCGUUCCUACAGCAGGUGACAGUCCAAGCCACCUGUAUCACUCUGACAGCUAUGAGUGGGGACCGCUGUUACGUCACUGUCUACCCUCUGAAAUCUCUCCGCCAUCGCACUCCAAGAGUAGCCAUGAUUGUCAGCAUCUGCAUUUGGAUUGGCUCCUUCAUCCUUUCCACCCCAAUUUUAAUGUACCAGCGUAUAGAGGAGGGUUAUUGGUACGGCCCGAGGCAGUACUGCAUGGAGAGAUUUCCCUCAAAGACACAUGAGAGGGCUUUCAUCCUCUACCAGUUCAUUGCUGCCUACCUGCUGCCUGUCCUCACUAUCUCAUUCUGCUACACUCUGAUGGUGAAGAGGGUGGGCCAGCCCACUGUGGAACCUGUAGAUAACAACUAUCAGGUCAACCUCCUGUCUGAGAGAACUAUCAGUAUCAGAAGCAAAGUCUCCAAGAUGGUUGUGGUAAUCGUCCUCCUCUUCGCCAUCUGCUGGGGUCCCAUUCAGAUCUUCGUCCUCUUCCAGUCUUUCUAUCCAAACUACCAGCCCAACUACGCCACAUACAAGAUCAAGACAUGGGCCAACUGCAUGUCCUACGCCAACUCUUCGGUCAACCCCAUAGUUUAUGGUUUCAUGGGAGCCACCUUCCAAAAGUCCUUUAGGAAAACCUUCCCGUUUCUGUUCAAGCAUAAGGUCAGAGAUAGCAGCAUGGCUUCCAGGACUGCCAACGCUGAGAUCAAGUUUGUUGCUGCAGAGGAAGGCAACAAUAAUAAUGCAACAAAUUAAAUCUGGCAAUUCAAAAUUGCAAGAAUGGGAUUAUUGUUUGCAUCAAGAGCUAUCGCUGCAAGAAGACAAUAAAAUACUGAACAUUUUCCAGCCAUGGGUUCAGUGUGUGAAAGUCUUCAGAGAGCAACUGGUUGAUUUCAAAAGGACAGACUGUGUUUGGCAGACAUGUUUAAGUUAUGUUAAUAAAUACAACUGAUUAACCAAUUGAUGAGGGGAAACAGAGACUCAUAAUACAGAUGGACACUAACAGUGUUUGGCACAAUAUAUUACCUGUUUGACUGCCAAGGCCAGGCACUAACAUCAUCUAUCGAGCUGCCAAACACCACUGCCAAAUAACACAGUCAGACAGUCGUUCACAUCGGGUGACGAAAGAGGAGAUUUGCCUGAAAACUGCCACCGGGAGUCCUAAUCCCUGUAAGAUCAUGGCUGACAGGGUCAUCAGCUUUGUUAUAAACUAUUCAGCAUUUGGACAGCUGAUGAUAUUAUGUCUUCUACGACACAUGAGAAUAUGCUUUUUUGGAAAUGACUGAAGGCUGAAUGUGCAUUUUGAAUGGACAGUUAUUACUCUAGAACAGAUGCCUAUGACAUGUUAUUCUUUCAUUUAUGUGGCUGACAUUUGUUCCUAUCACUGGAGAGGAGAAGGCAAGUUUAACUCUUUCUGUGUCUGUCAUUCUGGGAAGCAGUUAGUACUACACAAUUUCUUAGUUAUUUCUUAGUUAUUUCUUAGUUUGACAUUUUGGAAAAUAAACCUUUUCGCUUUCUUGCAGAGUUACAUAAGACCACUGUGACUGUUAACAUAUGGAGCUAAAGCCAGGAGGUUAUUAGGUUAGCUUAAGAUGAAGACUGGAACCAGGGGACACAGUUAGACCAGCCCUAUCUAAAAUUAAAAAAUAAGCAAAUCGUGAACUUUUGUUGCAUCUCUUUCCCUUAUUUCCUUUAAUUUUCCCAACAAAAAAACACAAACAACAAAACUCAGAUGCACACAGAUGAAACAAACAACAUAUGAGUCAAUUCAUUUCCAGGCAGAUUGUCAGUAGAAAAUGUUAGCAUUGUACGUUUGUACGUUUGUCAUAUCACUGCUGACGCCGCACUGUGUUACGGCGUAUUGUUGUGUUGAAGAGGGCGCUAUGCAGGAAGGCAAAGCUCUCACUGUACCAAUCCACCUAUGUCCCAGCUCUCACCAGUGGUCAUGAGCAUUGGGUAGUGACCGAAAGAAUGAGACUGCAGAUAAAUGCAGUUGAAAUGAGUUUCCUCUGUAAGAUGGGGAGAGGGAUGUCUGGCGUAUCUUACUCAGCCUGCUGCCCCCAAAAACCAGGCCCUAGAUAAUGCAUGACUAAAAUGGAUGGAUGGAUGGAUGGAUGGAUGGAUGGAUGAAUGAACAUUUCUGCAAACUACAAAUAUGUUACUUUUGUGCAUGGUGGAUGGUGUGACACCUAGGCAAGAUGCCUGCCACGCUGCAGACAGCUGCAAAUCAUAAAGACUAACAAAAGACCAAACUUUUUUUCUUUUAGCCAGUCAUCGCUGUUUCCAUCAGCGUUGCAGUCACCAAACAUGAGGGUUUUUAAGCGACCAGUACCGUGUUUCCAAGGGGAUAGUGCCACAAUAAGCAAUUGCAUUUCCUGCCGGGAUUAUUGUACCAAAACUGGAU